UCUUUUUUUUCCCCUUCUUAAACACUACGCAGGAGCUAUGCUCAUUUUUUAAAAUCAUUUUUAAACACCAGGUGGGAGCUAUGCUCAUUUUGUUUCCAUUUUUAAACACCUGGGAUUAUUUAUGGAGGAUAGUAUUGAGCAAGAUGUAACUACACUUGUUUUAAUUGAUGUUAUUAGGUAGGUGCAAUAUUUGUUUAGAAAUUCAUUUUACGCGGGAGCUAUGCACAUUUUUUAUCGUUUUGUUUUUUUAAACACUUGUCUUCCAUAACAAAAUGCAUUGGUUCGAUAUUUGUAAAUCCAGUAACGUGCGAGUUAAGCUUGUUUUAAUUUUUAAUUUUUAAUUUAUUAGCUUAUUAUUGUUUUUUCCAGGUGGAGCUGAAAGUGAAGAUGCUUUUCAGCAAUGUACAAUUGAAAAUCUUGUUGAUGGGAUGGGUCUGCAGCUCAAUCCGGAACUACAAGAGGAAAAAGAAUUCCAAUGCAGUUGCAAGUAUUACGACGGCCAACCAUGUAGCAUUCAGUUUACAGUUGAUGAACUGCAGAAUGUUCGGCUUAGCUUCAUGGAGUUGACACGUGAGGAACUAGAUGUUGCGAUUCUAGCUAAACUUUCAUGUGGAAUGCAUCUUAGUACAUCAACCUCAAGAUCGCGGAAAAAGGUGCAAACUGAACGUAAGGCUCACCGAACAGAUUUUUAUUUUCAUGGCCACCGUAUUUGCAGAGAUACAUUUAAAUACCUUCACAACAUCGGGCAGAAAAAGCUAAACAACCUGAUGAAGCACUACAAGGAAAACGGUAUCCAGCCACGAGCCCAUAAAAAUUCAAAGUCAGUACCUCGUCAUGCACUGAAGUUGGACGAAUCAAGAGCUGUGGUGGAUUUUAUUUUGAACUAUGCAGAGAUAAACUGUAUAAUACUGCCUGGCCGUGCCCCUAGGCACUGGAGAACGGAUUUGAAGCUUCUGCCCUCCAACUGCAGCAAGCGUACAGUGUACGAUAAGUACUGUGCUGCAGUCGAACUGACUGGUAUGCGAAAAGUUGCAUUACGUACAUUUCGACAUCUGUGGGCAAAGCUUGUUCCAUUUGUUUCAACAAUGCGUCCUGCCACUGACCUAUGUUGGUUCUGCCAAAAGAACUUAUAUAAAAUCACGCGAUCAGUGAACUUGCCUGAUGAAGAGAAAAGUAGUGCAAUAAGAGAGGCAGAAGACCAUCUUGAGAGAGCCAGCAUGGAGCGUAACCUAUAUGUUGGAAUCACCAAGCAAGUAUUAGUCAAUCUCCUACCUGGCAGUGUACUUGGCCCUCAUCCCAUUUGUUCGUACAAUGGCUUGAUGCACUACAGUUUUGACUUUGCACAGCAGGUUCACUACCCCAGUAACCCGUUGCAACCUGGACCUAUUUUCUUUAAGACCCCAAGAAAAUGUGCACUCUUUGGUGUCUGCUGUGAAGCUUUUCCAAAACAAAUUAACUAUCUUAUUGACGAAAGUGUACAAACCGGCAAAGGUGCUAAUUGCGUGAUCUCGCUACUCCAUCACUUCUUCGAACACUAUGGCCUUGGAGAAACAGAUGUGCAUCUGCAUGCAGAUAACUGUGCAGGUCUAAAUAAAAAUUCGGUGAUGAUGUGGUAUUUGCUUUGGCGAGUCUUGACUGGUAGGCACAGAUCGGUGAAAAUCUCUUUCCUGCUGACUGGCCACACAAAGUUCAGCUGUGACUGGUGUUUUGGUUUAGUGAAAAGGCUCUUCAGGAAGACAGAGGUGAACUGCCUGGCCGAAAUUUCCGAAGUCGUUAAUGCUUCAUCAAAUGUUAACAUAGCACAGUUGUGUGGACAUGAAAGUGGUGAAGUGAUUGUCGAUACAUUUGACUGGACACAUUAUCUUGGUACUUACUUCAGGAAACUUGUUGGCAUAAAGAAGUACCAUCACUUAACAUUCCAUGAUAAUAAAGUGACAGUUAUGGAAUUUGCAGACAGUGAGGCAAAGGAAAUUGACUUAUUCAAAGGUGAAAUUCCUCCUGGUAGCAUGCCAAACAAGAUUAAGCCAAAAGGGUUGGAUGCCAAGCGUCGCUGGUAUCUGUAUGAUGAAAUUCGUCAGUUUGCAUCUGAGGAAAGUCGGGAUACUAUAGCCCCGCUUCCCCAAGUUCCCAAACCUGGUCGUGGUACAGCUGCUGACGGUAUUGGAAGUAACUCCAGUGAGGAUGAUGUUCCCCCUCCCCCGAAACGUGGACGUGGCAGGAGCAGAGCUCUUAAUCGAGGUGGUCGUCAGGCUCGAGGCACUGGCCGUGGUACAACUGCCGACGGUGUCGGAAGUAACUCCAGUGAGGAUGAUGUUCCCCCUCCCCCAAAACGUGGACGUGGCAGGAGCAGAGCUCUUAAUCGAGGUGGUCGUCAGGCUCGAGGCACUGGCCGUGGUACAACUGCCGACGGUGUCGGAAGUGACUCCAGUGAGGAUGAUGUUCCCCCUCCCCCGAAACGUGGACGUGGCAGGAGCAGAGCUCUUAAUCGAGGUGGUCGUCAGGCUCGAGGCACUGGCCGUGGUACAACUGCCGACGGUGUCGGAAGUAACUCCAGUGAGGAUGAUGUUCCCCCUCCCCCGAAACGUGGACGUGGCAGGAGCAGAGCUCUUAAUCGAGGUGGUCGUCAGGCUCGAGGCACUGGCCGUGGUACAACUGCCGACGGUGUCGGAAGUGACUCCAGUGAGGAUGAUGUUCCCCCUCCCCCGAAACGUGGACGUGGCAGGAGCAGAGCUCUUAAUCGAGGUGGUCGUCAGGCUCGAGGCACUGGCCGUGGUACAACUGCCGACGGUGUCGGAAGUGACUCCAGUGAGGAUGAUGUUCCCCCUCCCCCGAAACGUGGACGUGGCAGGAGCAGAGCUCUUAAUCGAGGUGGUCGUCAGGCUCGAGGCACUGGCCGUGGUACAACUGCCGACGGUGUCGGAAGUAACUCCAGUGAGGAUGAUGUUCCCCCUCCCCCGAAACGUGGACGUGGCAGGAGCAGAGCUCUUAAUCGAGGUGGUCGUCAGGCUCGAGGCACUGGCCGUGGUACAACUGCCGACGGUGUCGGAAGUAACUCCAGUGAGGAUGAUGUUCCCCCUCCCCCGAAACGUGGACGUGGCAGGAGCAGAGCUCUUAAUCGAGGUGGUCGUCAGGCUCGAGGCACUGGCCGUGGUACAACUGCCGACGGUGUCGGAAGUAACUCCAGUGAGGAUGAUGUUCCCCCUCCCCCGAAACGUGGACGUGGCAGGAGCAGAGCUCUUAAUCGAGGUGGUCGUCAGGCUCGAGGCACUGGCCGUGGUACAACCUCAUAAUAUGAGAACUUAUUUAUGUUCAAAGCUGGAGAACUAUCAAUUUAAAUGUAUAUUUGACUAAAUAUCCCUGUCUUGUCAUAGUAUUCAUAGUGAUGGUGGAUAUUAUUGUGCUCAUUUCUAUUUACUGAAAUCGAGGUGGUCAUCGGGCUCAUAGUCAUACUGUAUACAUGUUCAAAGCUGGAGAACUAUUGACUUAUGUUUGACUAAAUAUUCCUGUCUAGUCAUAGCAUUCAUAUUUGGUGUGAGUACUGAUAGUUUCUCAUUUUAUUGAUGGUGGAUAGUGCUUUUUUUUUAUUUUAUUUUUAUUAUUAUUAUUAUUUUUUUUUAAAGGGGGGGGUGGGGGGAAUGUAUAAUGGAGGUUCAAUAUGAAAUUCUUGUCAAUGGCAUAUACUGUUAAAACAAAUAUUACAUGGUUACAGAGUACAGAAUAACUUGGUUGGCAUAUAUUAUUAUUAUUAAUGAAGAUUUCAAGCAAUAAUGAAUCAGGUUUUUUGUGUAAAACUUCGGACUUCAUUUUCGCAAAGAUGGUCCUUUGGAAAAAAUCAUAAUUGUCUGUACAAAAAGUUCAAUAUUUCGAAAAGUUUGCAUCCGAUUUUCAUAAUUAAAACAGAAUUUUGCUCUGUAGAAUGUGCUUUAUCUUAUUCCUUCAAAAACACCUCUUUUUUUUUUUUUGACCAUGUGGCACCUUAUGUCAUGCAGCCACACAUAUAUAUAUAUAUAUAUAUAUAUACAGGGGUAGAACUAAAAAAAAUUCAGGGCAAGGCCAUUUUGGCUUUGGGUUUGAGGAAUGCUGCAAAGUUCAAUUUAGUUGGUACCAGGCAUGAGAAGGGCACUAGGGCAUACAAGGAAGGCAACCACGGCUACUUAUGGCCGUGGACACGGUCCAAUUUAUCAGGGCACCGCGUCCAGUAAUAAGGGCACCUACGGCAAUAGCCGUAGUGCCGUGGGCCAAAACGGCUGCAACAUGAUGGCGCCAUGUUGACCUUGAAGGAACGGGAGCACAUGCAGUCUUAUGAUCUCAUCCCUGUAGCGUACGGCAGUCAGAUUUCCAGCCACAAUCACCAGCUGCAUCCUCCCGUAUGAUGUGAUGCCUCCCCAAACCAUGACGCUUCCACCGCCGAAACCUGCACGCUGCACAACGCAAGCGUCAGCGUAGCGUUCGUUAACACGUCUGUAGACACCAUUUCAACCGUCACUACCGUCCAAAUGGAAUCUGGACUCGUUGGUGAAUAGCACACCUGACCAGUCGCGACAGGUGAAUCGUAAGUGCUGUCUAUUCCAUGCUAGACACGCAUUUUGGUGAUGUCAUAGCAGAAUAGGACGUAUUGCUGGGCGUCGCGGCCUGAUGUUUGUGCUCCAAUAAACGGUUGUGAACUGUCCUGGCACUGAUUACUCUCAACCCAGGGAUGGUUCUGGCUGUCAAAGUUGCCGCCCGAAAUCGAUUCAGAAGAUGUGUUACCCGAAUAUGGUUGUCCUGUGCUUGUGACGUCACACGCAGACGACCUGAACGUGGUCUGUCUGUGGUGUUACCCUGCUGUUGGUAACGUCGCCACAAAUUCUGUAUCGCGUUUCGAUGCACACCAAAACAUCUUGCAACCUCGUUAUGCGCCAUUCCAGUUUCGAGCAUACCGACUAUGCGGCGACGUUCAAAUUCAGAUAGGUGUGGCAUGGCGUCAACGCAAUUUAGAAUUAAUCAAAGGUUUUUUUCUAGCCAGUGGUUUUGUCCUCUACCGUUUUCCGUUGCAAAAUGAACAAGGACAUGUGCACCUGUACCACGUGAUCAGCAAAUCAGGUUACGAGUUGUGCACGUGCAGCACAUGACAAACACGUGCA